GCAGUCAGUGUCCAGUGGCAGGCGAGCCGUGGCGGUAUGUAGCGCGCUGACGGAUGCGGCGUCGCGAUGUGUCGUGCAUUGUGGUCGCGUUUGUGUAGGGGCCGCCUUCUGCAUGGAUAUGUCGUGUUCCUCGGCCUCCUGCUGUUCCUACAGGAGGCGCGCGGCUCCGGGUACUUCGAGCUGCAGGUGCUGGAGAUGUCGAACCCGCGGUCGCGGCUGCUGGACGGCGGCUGCUGCGGCGGCGCGGGCGACGCGUCGCAGUGCCCGCGGCCGUGCAGCACGCUGUUCCGCGUCUGCCUCAAGGAGUACCAGAGCAGCGUCACCGCCACCGGCUCCUGCUCCUUCGGCAACGCCUCCUCCGCCGUGCUCGGCGGCAGCUCCUUCACGCUCGCCGACCCCGACUCGGGCGCCGACACCAUCGUCCUGCCCUUCACCUUCCGCUGGACGAAGUCCUUCACGCUCAUCCUGCAAGCCGUCGACUUGGACAACUCCACGCAGCCCGGUCGCACCAGGGUGAUCGAGGAGGCGACGUUCUCCGGCAUCAUCGUGCCCAGCAGCGCGUGGCACACGCUCAACUACGACGGCAACAACUCGCGCAUCACGUACCGCGUGCGCGUCCAGUGCGACUUGCACUACUUCAACCUGACGUGCACCAAGUUCUGCCGGCCGCGAGACGACAAAUUCGGCCACUACCGCUGCGACGUCAACGGCGACAAGCAGUGCAUCGACGGCUGGCAGGGCCCAAACUGCGAGUCCGCGGUCUGCAAGGCUGGUUGUCAUCCCAUCCACGGCAAGUGCGAUCAUCCUGGAGGUUGCGAGUGCCGUCCCGGCUGGCAAGGCGAGUACUGCGACCAGUGCAUGCCGUACCCUGGCUGCAAGCACGGCUACUGCAACGGCUCCUCCUGGCAGUGCAUCUGCGACACCAACUGGGGAGGCAUCCUCUGCGACCAAGACCUGAACACUUGCGGGACGCUGGAUCCGUGCCAGAACGGAGGCACCUGCGAGAACACGGCGCCGGACCAGUACCGCUGCACUUGCCCUGAGGGCUUCUCCGGCCUCAACUGUGAAGUCGUGGACAACCCGUGCGCCACCGAGCCCUGCGCCAACGGCGGAACGUGCCAGGAGAGUGCCAGCGGACAAGUCAACUGCACGUGCGCGCCCGGCUGGACGGGACCCACCUGCCUCGUCAAUAUAGAUGAAUGUGCCUCAGCACCAUGCCAGAAUAGUGGAACAUGUGUUGACCAGGUGAAUAGUUUCAUGUGCCUGUGUCCACCUGGAUGGGAAGGAGAUGCAUGUCAGUUUGAUGCAGACGAAUGCCAACAGGACCCUGAUCCAUGCAAGAAUGCUGUAUCAUGUCACAAUGUUGUUGGAAGUUAUCGUUGCAAAUGCAGGAAAGGAUGGGAAGGACAAAACUGUGACUUAAACAUUAAUGAUUGUGUCGGCCAGUGUCAACAUGGAGCAACUUGCAUAGAUCUUGUCAAUGACUACCACUGUGCCUGCCAGCCAGGCUUUACAGGACGUGAUUGCCACACAAACAUCAAUGAAUGUGAGAGUAAUCCUUGUAAAAAUGGUGGAGAAUGCUCAGAUCAGGUGAAUGGGUAUCGCUGCAUUUGCCCUGUUGGCUACACUGGAGAUCAGUGUGAGAUUCAACCAGCUCACUGCACACCAAACCCUUGCCAAAAUUCUGCCCCGUGUUUCAAUACUCAAGCAGAUUACUAUUGCCAUUGUCCUGAGAACUGGGAAGGAAAAAACUGCAGUACACCUAGAAUACAGUGUAACAAUCCUCCUUGCAACAAUGUCGACAGCUGCAUGGUGCAAACUGGAAAUGCAUCUUCUACCAGCCCAGGAAUUUGUGGUGACCAUGGAGUAUGUGUCAGUCUUCCAGAAGGUGGUUUCAAAUGCAACUGUGAUCCUGGAUUCACAGGAAAAUACUGCCAUGAGAAUAUAAAUGACUGCAAAGUUAAUCCAUGUCAGAAUGGUGGCACUUGUGUGGAUAAAGUCAACUCCUUUCAGUGCAUUUGUAAAGAAGGAUGGGAAGGAGACAUUUGUGAAAGAAAUAAGAACGAAUGUAGUCCCAGUCCUUGUCAUAACAACGGAAGUUGUUUAGAUCGAAUGGCAGACUUUGAAUGCAUCUGCAGAGAUGGGUGGAAGGGCAAAACCUGCAACCUAAAGGACAGUCAUUGUGAUCAUACAACGUGUCGUAAUGGUGGAACAUGUCAGGAUCUUGGUGAUACUUAUAUAUGUCACUGCACCUCAGACUGGGAAGGGACAACGUGUCACAUUGCAAAGUCAAGUGCAUGCAAAUCAAAUCCUUGCCAGAAUGGUGCCACCUGUGUAAAUACCGGAGAUGCAUACAAAUGCAUCUGCAAGGAUGGCUUUGAGGGAAAACAUUGUCAACAUGACAUCAAUGACUGUCAUCCGCCCCCUUGUUACAAUGGUGGCAAAUGUGUUGAUGGAGUAAACUGGUUCCUUUGUGAAUGUGCAGAGGGAUUCACUGGACCUGAUUGUAGAAUUAAUGUUAAUGACUGUGCUUCAAACCCGUGCAGUUUUGGAAGCACGUGUGUGGACGGUAUUGGUGAAUUUCGGUGCAUCUGUCCACCAGGACGUACUGGACUGCGCUGUGAACAUGUGGCUGAUCAUCUCUCUGCUCUUGGAGAGUGUCAAUGGGAAGGACGAAAGUACACCAGGAAUACGACAUGGCUUGAUGAAUGCAAUACAUGCAUUUGCUCCAGUAGUGGACCAGUUUGUACACAGAUUUGGUGUGGAUUAGGAAACUGCCUUGGGCAGCCCAACUUAACACAUGGAGCUGUUAUUUGUCAGUCGAAUCAGGUUUGUGUUCCUACACCACGAGAGGCAUGUUUAACUCCUCCAUGUGCCCCAUGGGGUGAAUGCCGCAAUUUGGAAAGCGGUAAACGUGUUGGUCCACCAUCGCUGCCAGCACCACCAGGAUGCUGGCCCAAUCAAGCAGUACUAAGUAACACAUGUGCCCGGCUGACUCUGCUACUGGAUCGAUCACAGCUGCCUCAGGGGGUUACAGUGGAAGGGCUGUGUUGUGAUUUACGACGACUACUGGCUGCUGGUCAUGCUGCUACAAUUACAGCUGCACAUUCCACACCACAACUUGUUCUACUUUGUGACCUCAAACAGGGAUACAAUGACACAAUUGAGGUCACUUUGUCAUCACCUUCACCAUACUCAGGCAUUGAAGAGAAUCGAGCAGUAACUGAAGGAAUAAGAGUCUUGGGUGAGCUAAUAAGCCGCAAACAGACCAAUCUCUCAGCUCUGACAUCAAUAGUUGAGGUGAAGGUUGAAACAGCACUAGUGAGUGAAGAAAAACCUGGUAAUGGAUACAUGAUUGCUCUAAUCUGUGUUAUUUUCGCCAUCCUGUGUUUUGCGGGAGUUGCUGGUUUUUUUUAUUGGCACCACUUACUCCGUCGCCGCCAGUCAGGAGCAGGGAACAAUGGUGGUGUUAUGGGCAAUGGAUCCUCUUGUCACCACCUUCAUCAUCACAGCCAUCACGAUGAUGAAAAAUCUAACAAUCUCCAAAAUGAGGAAAAUUUAAGAAGAUAUGCAAAUCCGCUUAAGGAUGAGGGGAAGGCAGCAGGAACUGUAAGCAGUACUGGUGAUGGAAACACACUGGAUCUACCCCCACGCAUCAGUGUUGUACGUCCACUUUCUGCAGCAACACUAGUGUCGUCUGAUGGUCCAUCAGAGGCACUUGAAAUGGUUUCUGAUACUGAUGCUACAGAAAUGGCUUCACCUGGUAAAGCUGGAAGCUCUUCAGCAGCCUCAGCUGGCCAAAGUGAACAAUUACAGCGAACACCAAGAUCUGCUUCAACACAUCGCAAUAGCCAGAUCUUAUUAUACAAAGCCCAGAACCCAGAUGUACGGAAAAACACUGCAGCAACUUUUGAUGAUGUAGGCACACACAAAGACUUUGCCAAAAGGAUUAUAAACCUCAAGGCACAGCCACCAGUCCAGAGGACGUUGCAUUCUUCACAGAUUGACAGGAGUGGUGAUGUGUUAACAGUGAUUGUGUAGUAUCAGUGUUCUGUCGCAGAAGGAUUGGUGUCAUAGAAUGUACAUGUGGGUUUAAAGCUUAACAAAAACAUGGUGAUAAAAAUAAAACUGAAUCCAAUAAAUUGACAGCUUAUUUUGUGCAUUGGGAAUAAGUGCAAUGCUGACUUGUUUGUAACAGACUUUAACAUUCUCUUGUAUAUCAUAAUAUUGUUAAUGAGGAACAAUUGGUGAGUGGAGAUGCAAAAAGAAAGGCAAUAUUUUACUGUUUUGCAUCUGAACUGAUAAUUGCUGAUUGUUCAGAAGGUGUAAAUAUGGAACUGAACAGGGAAAAAAACUGUUGACUGUCAUGUGUAUAGAAUAGUAAUAUGUUAAAGACUGUGUCAUGAGAAACAGUAUUAAAAUUAAGAACAGUCUGAUUAGGUGACAUAGUUUUCAAGGCCUUUCAGACGUGGAUGAAAAUUUUGCACAAGAGGAAUUACAAGGUUAGAAUGGAUGAGGUGGAUCAAAGAUAGAGAUUUAACAAUUUGUUCAAAAGAAACAUGUGCUAUGAAUUAGUUUUUUUGCCAUAGCUUGAUACUCAGUUGGACAUUGUAGAUACAUUGCUGACUGCCCAAACAAAUUUUAUUGUUUUUUUUUUUAAUUUUUGUUUUCUUUAACUAAGUUAACUGUGCUUCUGUGUUGUUCAUGUUUAAGCUUCACUGUCAAAUUUCCUGGCAACAAAAAAGCAUUGAUGUUGAGUAGCUAUUCAAAUUUCUUUAUGUUAAAAGUACCAUGGAAUAAAAAUAAUGUAGAAUAAUUUGCACUGUUUUAACUUUCUUCAGAUGUAUGGUAAAUAUACUUUUUGCACACCAUGACUAUGCUUCUAAUGUUUUUGUCAAAAGUUAAGUUUCCUUAAAAAAUCAUCUUUAGCAUAAUCAGAAAUAGUAUUCCCAUUCGAAAAUAGGUUAUACAACAGAUGUAUCAGUUUGAAUUGUCCUGCAACAGCAUUUACCUGCACACUGUUAAAUAACUUACAAUACUACCACAAUUUUUUGUAACUUGUAAAAUUAUUGAACUUAUGCACAUGGCAUCAGUACACCAGAAAGUGCCUCACAAUUCUUGCACAAACAUUACACAUAUAAGUUUAACAGAAAAUCUCAUAUUAAUAAAUACAGAACUUUUGUGCAGUCUGUGUUCCUUUAUAGAUAAGGUCUGUAGUGUACUUCUUGAAAACAUCCGUAUUAAGUUAACUCAUUGUAGUCUGGAAAUGUUAUAGUACUCACUUGAACAUAUUUCAUUGUAAAAAAAAAAGAAAUAGUGUAGCUAACACUGACAAUACUGUGUCUUCACACUACUGAAACCAAAUUUGUUUUGUAUUUGUCACAAAAGAUUUGAGUUUAUAUUAUAUAAGGAAAACAAUGAAAUUGUAAUGUAUAAGGAUUUGAUCAGCACUUAAAAAUGGAAUAAGUGUACUAUAUUUUGAAUUUCAUUAAUGUCAAAUUCCACAUGUUCUGUCAAGUUUUUAUUUUAAUAAUGAAACAAUAACUCAUUUUAAUUUAUGGCUCUGCUACUUCAACUAUGAUUUUCUCUCCUUUUAUCAUUUGCUGUUAACAAUAUCUGAAAUUUAAUUUUUUAUGACAACUUACCUGGUUCUUUAAUCAUCCUCCUUUAAAAAAAACUCACAUUGAAUUCUGUGAUCAUUAUUAAAAUACUUUUCUGUGAAAAUGUUAGCAUAUUUUCCAGCCUGUAGAUAUAGAUGUACAUAACAUACGUUUAUUGAAACUGAUGUUUAUAAUGUAUAUGAAGUAAUUACUAUUUAUACACUGCUAAAUAAUUCAUAUGGAAUUGUUUACAGAUAUACAAAAGCAGGCAUGAUUUAUGCAGUACUGUCGUAAGGCACAGGAACACGCAUGUUUCAUGCCUGCCUGGAUGACUCUGUGACAUGAGUGUACUUAGUGAACAGUUUAAAUGUUUAAAAAUAGAAGGUUGUGAUUUGUAUAUUGUAAAUUUCUUAGAAAUAUAUUGCAGUAAUGUACCUGUAUAUUUUAGUAUAGAACAUUUAUUCAGUCACAUAAGCUUUCAAACCUGUUCCAUUCCACAGUGAUGGAAAAAGUGCCUAAGCACUGUGCCUUUUGUAUUAUGGCUUUCAUUUAUUUUUAAAAUUUAUAAAUAAGAAUAUUUGUACAUUACUACACAUGUCAUUUCAUACAGCAGUACUGCCUUUUGAGCACUGCUCCAGAAUAGUUGUUCCACAUAGGCACAGAAAGAAAAUGAAGGGAAAAGGCAGAUUUAUAACUUAAAUAUAUUUACACUAUAUUUUUAAGAUUGCCUGUAUUAUUCGCAUGUUUCUGUGUAUAUGAAAAUGAGCAAGAGUGUGAGCAUGUUUGUAGUACAAUAUGUGUAAUGCAUAUUUAUACAUUAACACAUAUUUUGAUAAUAUCUCUAUAGCCUGUAAAUACAUUAAUCUGUUGAUUGACUGAAGAACAGAUUCCACUGAGAAAAACAAAAGCAUGUGUGAAUGACUGACCAAAGCUUGCCAUUGUUGUUUACUAGAGCAGAUGCGAGGCUGUAAUGACACUCUAAAUUAUUGAAUAACAUAGAUACACUUUAGACAUGAUACGCAAUAAGUAGGGACAUUCUAAACCUUAGAAAGGUCAUCUGAUAAUACGGAAAGACAAGGACAAUGUAAGGUUAAUAUUUUGAGCCACUCUAUUAUCCUUUCAACAGUUUUCUUCUGUAAGUUUAAAAUGAAGCACAGUCAUGAUUUUAUUGCUCUUAAUAAAGGCUUUCAGAGAGAUUGGAUAUCAUUCAUAAAUGUGUCAUAAAUUAUAACUGAGCAUGAUUGUCCAGUUUGUGUUGUAUAUCUAAUAGACCUGUUAAAUUUUAGUUGCUACAAAGAUGUGUCCAAAAAACUCUGAAUGAAUACUGCUCAUUAAUAUGUGUAACACCUGAGUGUUGUAGAUGAUCUGCUUUUGAAUGUCAGAUGAAUAAAGAUGUUGAACAUA